GUCUCCGCGCGUUUACCCGGAUUUGACCUCCUUCCGCCGGCCUCACGUCGGCACGCGCCCCGCUGGAUUUGCCCCGCGCUCCGUCCUCGCGCAUCUGGGACUAUCCGACGUUUUGCUCGGAGGUUUGUUUUUUUUUGGCGCUCGGAUUUUCCUCGGAUGCCGCUGUCUUCGUGAAUCUCCGGUGCCGUUCGUGAUCCAGGAACUUUAAGGAUUCUAAUUUGGGACGUGGACGGAGGAUUUGGAAAGUUUGGGGUUGAGAUUUGUGUGGACGAGUUUCUGAGACGAACUUUAACGUCACAAAAGAGGUGCUGCUGUUUCUUCUGAAGGACAAACUCUGUGGAUUUAACUCCGACUGGACUCUCUAUCGCCAUCUGAUGACAGGAUGCUGCAGAGGAACGCCGAGGCUCUGAGCCCGACCUGAGCCUCUGUCCCAAAGACUCCACUUCCCAUGAUGCACCUGGUGUGGUGUCGCGGCCGCCUCAAACUGCUGCUGGCCUCGCUCACCGCCCUGGGCCUCCUCACCUGGCUCUACCUGCUCGCUGGGAACCUCGAUGGUGGGCGUGGCCUGCUCCUCCCGCCCUGCCUCAGCCUAAGCCCCGCCCCUCCGCUCCUGGACCGUUCCGUUCUGGAGUCGCGGGUCCGAGAGGUGGAAGAGGAAAACCGUCAGAUCCGGCUCCAGCUCAGCCAGUCGCAGGCGUCCGCUCAGCUGCCCGCAGAUGGCGCUCAGCAGUGGGGCGCGUCGGCGGACACGGGGCCCGAGGACGGAGAGAACACCGCCGAGGAGAGGGGCAACAACACCGACUGCCCCAGAGCGCCCCCUGCUGUCAGCAAGUGUGAGCUGAUCCAUGUGGCGUGUGUGUGCGCGGGUCACAACGCCAGCAGAGACGUGGUCACUCUGGUCAAGUCCGUCCUCUUCCACAGGAGGAACCCUCUGCACUUUCACUUCAUCACAGACUCUGUGGCUCAUCAGAUCCUCAGCGCUCUGUUCCAGUCCUGGAUGGUCCCGUCGGUGCAGGUCAGCUUCUACGACGCAGAGACGCUCAAGUCUGAAGUGUCGUGGAUUCCAAACAAACAUUACUCUGGGAUCUACGGUCUGAUGAAGCUGACCCUCACCAAGGCCCUGCCCCCGGACCUGAGUCAAGUCAUCGUCCUGGACACCGACAUCACCUUCGCCACCGACAUCGCCGAACUCUGGGGCAUCUUCAGGAAGUUCACAGAUAAGCAGGUGAUUGGUCUGGUGGAGAAUCAGAGCGACUGGUAUUUGGGGAAUCUGUGGAAGAAUCACAAACCGUGGCCAGCGCUGGGACGAGGCUUCAACACAGGUGUGAUCCUGUUGUACCUGGAGCGUCUGAGGCGGAUGCGCUGGGAGCAGAUGUGGAGGCUCACGGCGGAGCGGGAGCUCAUGAACAUGCUCAGCACCUCGCUGGCCGAUCAGGACAUCUUUAACGCCUUCAUCAAACAGAACCCUGUCCUGGUGCAUCAGCUGCCGUGCUUCUGGAACGUCCAACUGUCCGACCACACGCGCUCAGAGCAGUGCUACACCGAGGUCUCUGAUCUAAAGGUGAUCCACUGGAACUCUCCAAAGAAGCUGCGAGUGAAGAACAAACACGUGGAGUUCUUCAGGAAUCUGUAUCUGACCUUCUUAGAGUACGACGGGAAUCUUCUGAGGAGGGAGCUGUUUGGAUGUCCAAGCCCCAGCAGCCCCCAGAGCGUACAGUUGCAGUCGGCUCUGGAGCAGCUGGACGAGGACGAUCAGUGUUAUGAUUUCAGACGAGAGCGGCUCACGGUCCACAGAGUCCAUCUGUACUUCCUGCACUACGAGUACCCCACGACCGACAACGGGAGCGACGUCACGCUGGUCGCACAGCUCUCGAUGGACAGGCUGCAGAUGCUGGAGGCCAUCUGUAAACACUGGGAGGGUCCGAUCAGUCUGGCGUUGUACAUGUCGGACGCCGAGGCCCAGCAGUUCCUGAGGUACGCCCAGGCCUCCGAGGUCCUGAAGAACCGGAAGAACGUGGGCUACCACAUCGUGUACCGCGAGGGCCAGUUCUACCCCGUCAACCUCCUGCGCAACGUGGCCCUCCGCAACGCCCCCACCCCCUACGUGUUCCUCACGGACGUCGACUUCCUGCCCAUGUACGGACUCUACGACUAUCUCAGGCGCAGUGUGGUGCAGCUGGACAUGUCUCAGAGUAAAAAAGCCCUGGUGGUCCCGGCCUUUGAGACUCUGCGGUACAGACUGUCCUUCCCCAAAUCCAAAGCAGAACUGCUCUCGAUGCUGGACAUGGGGACACUAUACACAUUCAGGUAUCACGUGUGGCCCAAGGGUCACGCUCCCACAAACUACGCAAAGUGGCGGACAGCGACGACGCCGUACCGCGUGGAGUGGGAGGCGGACUUUGAGCCGUACGUGGUCGUGAGGAGGGACUGUCCCGAGUACGACCAGCGCUUCGUCGGAUUCGGCUGGAACAAGGUCUCCCACAUCAUGGAGCUGGACGCACAGGAGUACGAGAUGAUGGUGCUGCCCAACGCUUUUAUGAUCCACAUGCCCCACGCCCCGAGCUUCGACAUCUCCAAGUUCAGGUCCAGUCCCGGGUACAGACACUGCCUCUCCACGCUGAAGGACGAGUUCCACCAGGACCUGUCCCGGAAGUACGGCUCGGCGGCCCUCAAGUACCUCACAGCACACCGGAGCAUCUGAGGGCCCCGCGCUGCGAAAGACGGGUCUGCGUCAGCGAAAACCGCCCAGGAGAAUGACUUUUUCGCGGAGUAGUUUUGGUUUAAUUUUCAAUAUUGGGUCUAUACCAUUAAAGGUGCAUUAUGUAACUUUUCUGGCGUCUCCAUGGAGAUGUUAUCACUUUGCCUGUAGCGUCAUGAGGCUUAAACUUGUCUCAUUUAUUUCUUAACUCUUAACUUUUAUUUCGCGUUUAUUUCAUUCCAAAAAAAAAAAACUGCAUUCUUACUGUGAUUGGGCUUGCCUUUCCACAGAUCUGACCUGUCCAAUUCUCGUCUCUAUGCAGAUAAGUUUAAUGCUGCUCUGUGGAACAUUCCCUGGUAAACUCAGAUGGGAUUUUUUCUUUUUUUUGUUCCCUAUAAUGCCAUAACAAUUGUUUUUAUAGCUCAAAAACAUAAAAAAUCGCGCAUUCUUACUGUGACUGGGCUUGCUUUUCCACAGAUCUGACCUGUCAAAUUCUCAUCUCUAUGCAGAUAAAUUGAAUGCUUCUCUGUGGAACAUUCCCUGGUAAACUCAGAUGGGAUUUUUUUUGCCUGUAAUGUCAUAACAAGUAUUUUUAUAGCUCAAAAACGUCGAAAAUCGUGCAUUCUUGCUGUGAUUGGGCUUGCCUUUCCAUAGAUCUGACCUGUCCCAUUCUCGUCUCCAUGGAGAUCUAGAAGUUUAACGCUGCUCUGCAAACUGAGAUGGUGUUCCUUUGCUUGUAAUGUUCCACAGUAUGGCUUUUCGUUUGUCUUCUAUCGAGACGACCGUGAAAAAACAGGC